CUAGCAGGAAAGGUCAUCAUAAAAUAGUUGAGUUACUUCUUAAGGAGAACGCUGAUCCAGAUGCACAAUAUCAAAUUAAUCAAGAAAGCAUAGGCACCACUCCUCUUGCCACCCUAUUUAUUGAAUUACUUAUUGAAAAUUAUUCUAUGAUAAUUGGCAAGACAGCACUAAUGGCAGCUAGUAUAGAUAAUCAUUAUCAAGUAGUUGAAUUACUACUUAAAGCAAAUGCUGAUCCUAAUAUUCAAAAGAAGGAUGGCCGAACAGCAUUAAUGCUAGCAAGUCAAAGUGGUCAUACUGAAAGUAUUGAGUUACUCCUUAAGGCAGGUGCUGAUCCUGACAUUAAAGAAGAAGACGGUUGGACAGCACUUAUGACAGCUUGUCAAGGUGGCCAUACAAAAGUAGUUGAGUUACUCCUUAAUGCAAACGCUAAUCUUAAUAUGACACAAGGAGAUGGUGCAACAGCACUCAUGAUAGCCAGUCAAAAUGGUUUUCUAGAAUUGGUCAAAUUACUCCUAACAAAAGAUGUUGAUCCUAACAUUCGAGCUAAUAAUGGCACAACAGCAUUAAUUCAAGCCAGUUACGAUGGGCAUCACAGUAUUAUUGAGUUACUCCUUGGUAAAGAAGCCAAUCCUAACAUUCAGCAGCUAGGUAAUGGAAGAAAUGCACUCAUGUUAGCUAGCCAAAGAGGUCAUUAUCAUGUGGUUGAAUUGCUUCUUCAGAAAAAUACAACCAAUCCUAAUAUUCAGAAAAAUGAUGGAUGGACUGCACUCAUGCUAGCAAGUAUGAAUAGUCAUCACAAAGUAGUGGAGUUACUCCUUAAGGCAGGUGCUGAUCCUAAUAUUAAAGAAGAGGAUGACUGGACAGCACUCAUGAUAGCUUGUCAAGGCGGUUACUAUGAAGUGGUUGAGUUGCUCCUUAAAGCAGGUGCUGAUCCUAAUAUUAAAGAGGAGGAUGGAUGGACAGCACUCAUGAUAGCAAGUCAAGGUGGUUACUAUCAAGCAGUUCAGUUGCUCCUUAAUGCAAAUGCUGACCCUAAUAUUGUAAGUGAUAACGGGUGUACUGCUAUUGUAAUAGCAAGUCAAAAUGGUCACCUCCAAGUAGUAAAGCUGCUCUUUGCAAACAAUGCUGAUCCUACCAUUCAAGAAGGAGGAAGAACAGCACUUGUCAUGGCUAGUUCAAAAGAUCGGAAAAAUAUAGUUGAGUUUCUCAUCAAAGAACAGGAGGAUCAUGGUUUCACGACACUUAAUGGCUGCAAUUCACAGUGAAAUCAUUGAAUUGGUACUUUCCUUGCUAUCAGCUGGAAUUAUGACGUACAUAGACGAGGGUCAUGUUCAAGCAGCAAU